UCUAAUUCUAAUUCUAAUUAGAAAAGUGCAUCCUAGAAGUGUAUGCAAGUUUUUUUCCUAAACAAAUAGUCCACUGAAAUUGGGUUAGUGGUUAGAGAUCUGAAUAUUCUGUACAUAGUCUUAAGAUUCAAACUCCUAUUAUCUUCGUUGCAUACAAAAAAGUGCUAAUAAUUCUUUUGUACAACGUUGGAACGGCCACAAGCUAUUUGCGGGUAGCAUGAGUAAUAGACAAUUGUGGCAUAUCUUUUAGCAAAAACAAAACCUGAAUGAAUGGCAUGCGCUCUUCUUUGUUCCGUACUACGUCUAAGAUUGUGGCUACAGCACGUUCAGGUAAAAUCUGCGAUGCUCGCAAACUGUUCGAUGAAAUGCCUCACAAAGACUCUGUUGCUUGGAACGCCAUGCUAACCGCUUAUUCCCGCGUAGGACUUUACCAACAGAGUCUUAGUCUCUUUGGUAGCUUGAGAAUCUCCCAUUCCAAACCCGACAACUUCUCCUUCUCUGCGGCCUUAAAUGCAUGCGCUGGUGCAUCCCAUCUUCGUUUUGGAGCAACACUGCAUGCUUUGGUUGUUGUCUCAGGCUACCUGUCUUCUCUUCCUGUGGCUAACUCCCUCAUUGAUAUGUAUGGAAAGUGUUUGCUUCCUGAUGAUGCAAGAAAAGUGUUUGAUGAGAUGAGUAUUAGUAAUGAAGUGACGUGGUGUUCACUUCUUUUUGCUUAUGCAAACUCUUGCCGGUUCUGCAUGGCUCUUGAACUGUUUCGUAGAAUGCCUGAAAGGGUUAUGAUUGCUUGGAAUAUAAUGAUCGCGGGUCAUGCUCGUCGCGGCGAGGUUGAAGCAUGUUUGCAUUUGUUUAAAGAGAUGUGUGAGUGUGGUGAGAGUUUGUGUCAGCCAGACCAGUGGACUUUCAGUGCUCUCAUGAACGCUUGUGCCGAGUCAAUGGAGAUGUUGUACGGAUGCAUGGUGCAUGAUUUUGUGAUAAAAUCUGGUUGGAGUUCUGCUAUGGAGGUAAAGAACUCGAUGUUGAGCUUUUAUGCCAAAUUAGAAUGUCAUAAUGAUGCCAUGAAGAUUUUUAACUCUUUUGGAUGUUUUAAUCAAGUGUCUUGGAAUGCGAUCAUUGAUGCUCAUAUGAAAUUGGGGGAUACCCAGAAAGCUUUUCUUGCUUUCCAGCAAGCCCCAGAGAGAAAUAUUGUUUCCUGGACUUCUAUGAUUGCAGGGUAUUCGAGAAAUGGGAAUGGAGAGCGAGCUCUAUGUAUGUUUUUAGACAUGACAAGAAACUCAAUCCAGCUUGAUGCUUUAGUAGCUGGAGCAGCCCUUCAUGCUUGUGCUAGCUUAGCGAUACUAGUUCAUGGAAGAAUGGUCCAUGGUUGCAUCAUUCGAAAUGGUUUAGACAAGUAUUUGUAUGUUGGCAAUAGCUUGGUUAACAUGUAUGCAAAAUGUGGGGAUAUAGAAGGUUCACGGCUUGCAUUUCAUUGUAUUCUUGAGAAAGACAUUGUUUCUUGGAAUUCAAUGUUGUUUGCAUUUGGACUGCACGGGCGGGCUAAUGAGGCUAUAUGCUUGUACAGAGAGAUGGUGGCAUCUGGUGUGAAACCUGACGAAGUAACCUUCACAGGGCUGUUAAUGACUUGCAGCCACUUGGGGCUUAUAAAUGAGGGCUUUGCAUUCUUUCAGUCGAUGAGUUUGGAAUUUGGACUUUCCCAUGGAAUGGACCAUGUGGCGUGCAUGGUGGAUAUGCUUGGUCGCGGUGGACACGUGGCAGAAGCAACAAGUUUAGCUAAGAAGUAUUCCAAGACAAGCAAAGGUAGGACCAAUGCAUGCGAGGUUCUACUAGGAGCUUGUUAUGCACAUGGAGAUUUAGGAACUGGGAGCAGUGUGGGAGAAUAUCUAAAGAACUUGGAGCCUGAAAAGGAGGUUGGUUAUGUAUUGUUGUCAAAUCUGUAUUGUGCUAGUGGGCAGUGGAAAGAAGCAGAGAUAGUACGGCAGGCAAUGCUGGAUCAAGGGGUGAAAAAAGUGCCUGGUAGUAGUUGGAUUGAGAUAAGAAACCAAGUGAUCGCUUUUGUGUCUGGAAACAAUGCGUAUCCCUGCGUGGCUGACAUAUCUAAGAUACUAUACUUUCUUGAAUUAGAAAUGAGACAUACAUGGCCUAUUGAUUUUGAUAUAGAAGGACCUUUAUAGUUUAUAUACUAGUGAACCAUAUGGGAAAUAUAACCUCAUGCAAAUUUGAAGGCGAUGUUGAGUAUAAAUUAAUUUGAUUUAAAGUGUAAAUUUGAAUGCA